CAACACUUGAACAACUCGAACAGAUUCAUGCUUGGACUGGACCUUGUUUAUUAUAGUGAUCAUCGAAGUCACCCUCUGAUACAGCUUGCUGUUCGUGACCACUGGCGGUGAAAAGGCCAGUUUGUCUCUCGAAGACCUGGCUGUACAAAUCACUCGAGGCCUAAACAAGCCUCCCUCACUGCCAGUGUUCCAUUGUUGCGUAUACAGUAACCUCACGCUGCCCUUGACAGACCGGACCCCCCUGGCGCCCUCAGACCCCUUUAUCAAACCUUCAGCCAUGCCUGCUGGGCGGACAACAGCGCGUGCCAUCAGCCAUGGCUCCAAAGUCGCUUACUUUUGCUGGCUCCUCGGUUCAUCCUGAGAUACACCAAUAGUCCUGUGAUAGGUUGCCGUUAUCUCCUUCCUCUUUGAAUGCUUAUCAGAGGGGUUGCGGGGUCCUCUAUCUACGGCAUGUAUAUGUCCUGGCUGUCUGUUGUUGGUUGAUGACACCUACCUAGGUAUAUAGCAUGAUAUGCCCAACAUGCAGCACAUGCAACCUGAAGCUACUAUCAACAGACCAGACCGGACGGGAAAUCCUGCUGAUCUGGGCGAUCUUCCUUGAGGAGAAGAAGUGCUUGCUCCACAGCCUCUUGAGGGGUUGCCCCCUGACCAGCCCAGCCUUGCCCUGGUCCACAGAGUCCAAUAUCCCGUCCACUACCACUACCACCGCACCACCCCACCACCAUCAGCCGUCCAACACUGUUGCAUCAUGGACAACACCGACAGCGCCCAUCGAAAAGCCAUCAUCGGCAAUCCCAAGAACACAUUCUGGCUAUACGACUCGACGACAGGCUUCGACCUGACACACCCGCCCACGCCGACCUCCGCCAGCCCUACACCAGACUACACCAUAUCAACAACCACACUCUCGGUCAAAAUCUGUCCCGCCAAGUCAGCCUUGGUCAUCAUUGACAUGCAGAAUUUCUUCCUGUCACCUCAGCUAGGUCGACCAAGUGAUUCCAAGGGCUUACUGGCACAGCAGCAAUUACUAAAGUACGCCAUCCCCGCCGCCCGCAAGGCAGGGAUGCGCAUCAUCUGGCUGAAUUGGGGGUUGACAGAGGCAGACAUCGCCUGCAUGCCUCCUGGGACCCUGCGUGCGUUCGGGUUCGAGACAGUCCUGGCCGACCAGUUCGAGUCGUAUGCGACCAUUGAGCAGAAACAGGCGGCCGUCGAUUCGCACGGCGUCAACGAGGGAUGCGACAAGAUCCACGCCCACGGCGUCGAUGCAAAGAUCGAGGUCGCUCCAGGCAAGAGUCCCCGGAUCUAUAAAGGUCUCGGCACGGAUAUUGGGCCAGUAGUGGUGGAGCAGUCAACCGUCGAGGGAGGCAGGCUGCUCAUACGCGAUACUUGGAAUGCAGAUCUGACGCCGGAGCUGCGUCAAGCCUACGAGCAAGGGUUGAAUGCUGAUCCGCCGGAUGUCUGGAUCCAUAAGAACCGCAUGUCGGGUCUUUGGGGCGCCAGCACGGAUUGUACUGAGUUUCUUGACGGUCACGGCAUAAAGACGUUGUUCUUUGCUGGUGUCAAUACCGAUCAGUGUGUGGGUGGAAGUCUACAAGAUGCUUAUUCUAAAGGCUACGAUGUGAUCCUUCUCUCUGACGGUUGCGGCACAACCAGCCCCGCAAGCAGCCAGGAAUCCAUCGAGUUCAACUGCGCAAAGACCUGGGGCUUCUGCACUUCUUGUAAGAACUUUGCCAAAGGACUCGGCUUGGAUUAGUGCUUGGAUCUGUAGUGAUGCUGCGAUGCCAUAAUGAAAAGAUAAUAACGGUGGAAGAGCAAAAUAUCAUCCGUCAGUUGGAGAUUAUGCCUUGGGAUGGUGGAGGCAGACUGUGAAUGGGACUCAGCCUGGGACAAAUCAAUGUAGGACACCAUGUGCACGAAGCUGACCUUGAAGCCGGAAUGGAGCUGAACUUGAAACUCGGCUAGUACAUGCUCGUACGUCUCAUGGACUUGAUUCAACUUUGUUCUGUAUCUUCUUGGGCAGUCUACAAGUACUGACUUUCCAUACCCGGUCCAUAGCACGUCAUUCCCAGCCCUGAACCCCUUUGCCAACCAGUUCUCAUGAAAUGUUCUGGGUUCUCCCAAGUUGCCUUUUGGGCGUGAACUUAAUGUUCUUGUAACUUCAACUUUAGCCGUCGUAGAUCCUGUUAAGCUGCGGUCCGAACGGUGCUCGGCCUUUUCGGUCCACUCUCUGAACAGACCUUUAAAGACGUCCCUCCGGCUUGGAAUUUCAAAUAUCGCAUUUUCAC